AUGAGGGCCAUGCGGGCUUCCCAGGCGUUGAUUCGCUCCUUCAGCUCAACAGCUAGGAACCGCUUGGAGAACCGAGUGGCGGAGAAACAGAAACUCUUCCAGGCGGACAAUGACCUUCCGGUGCACUUGAAGGGCGGGGGAACUGACAACAUUCUUUACCGACUGACCAUGGGGCUGUGUCUGGGAGGUACCGUCUACAGUCUGUAUUGCCUUGGCUGGGCUUCCUUCCCCCACCAGAAGUGA